CAUAAUUUUAUAUACCGGUGUGUCAGCUUUGACAGAACAUUUUGCUCGCCAACGCGGAUAUAUUAAACCUCACCCCUACACUUGUUUGUAGAUUUUUAAGAAAAAGUGAUGUAUUAAGUUGCAAAGUCCCUCCCCCAGGUCUCUGUGUGUCGUGCACGUGAGUGCGCUCUCUGCGCUCCAUACUCGGUCCGUGCGCGCACAGGAGCGCGCCGAGUAUCUCCGCGGAUCAGACGGAUCUCUCCGAACCCUUCAAUUCGCACGCAACUUUCCUUUUUGUUCAUUAGAGGUGGCUUACAACGAGGGACUAUAGAGGUCUUGUUUGUAAUCAGCGAGGGGGAGAUAGAGAGCGCGCACAGGGGUUUCAAUUGUUGUUGGCCAUCACACCCUCAGUCGCCGUUACCAUGCAAGUUCACAUCGCCGGCUUCCUGAUGUGCGGUGUGUCGGUGGUGCUGACCAUGUUUAAUGUAUCAGAGGAUCGGGCUCACUGCCCGCUGGGCUACUUCCCCUGUGGAAACCUCAGUACCUGUCUUCCUCAGCUACUACACUGCAAUGGCGUGGACGACUGUGGGAAUCAGGCAGAUGAGGAGAACUGUGGAGACAAUAACGGUUGGCCUCAUCUCUUUGAUAACUAUUUUGGAAUCCCCAGUAAUAACCUUGGAACCAAGUCAAAUGCCUGCUUGCUUGGGACCGUCCCAGCUGAGUGCCAAUGCAGGGAUCUGGAGCUUGACUGUGACGGUGCUCACUUUAAAGAGGUCCCCACGGUAUCCAUUAAUGUCACCAUGAUGUCUCUGCAGAGGAACCGGCUUAGGAAGCUAAAUGCUGACAUGUUCUUGAAGUACCAGAGCCUUCAAAAGCUGUAUCUCCAGCACAACCGAAUUAAAGCAGUGCACCCGCAUGCUUUCAGAGGCCUUUACAAUCUGACGAGACUGUAUCUCAGUUAUAAUCGAAUCACCACCCUGCUUCCCGACGUGUUCCAGGAUUUGCACAAACUAGAAUGGCUGAUUCUGGAGAACAACAAUAUUCAUCACAUCUCCUCUUUGACCUUCUCUGGUUUGCGCUCCCUUGUGCUUCUAGUGUUGUUGAACAAUGCUCUCACAAAGCUGGAUGACAUUUGCCUGGAGAUGCCACGAUUAAAUUGGCUAGACAUUGAGGGAAACAAGAUGGAAACUGUAGGAAAUGUGACCUUCAGGUCCUGUAACAUGUUAACAGUGCUGGUCCUCCAGCGGAACCGCAUUAGUUACAUCCACGAGCAGGCUUUCUCUCUGCUUCGUAAACUGGGCGAGCUGGAUUUGUCCAGUAACAGAAUCGAAGCAAUCCCUCCUGAUCUUUUCAUCAAUCUCAGAGACCUGCUUCAGCUGAAUAUUUCAUAUAACCCUAUCACGGAUCUGCGUGUGGAUCACUUUGACAAGCUGCAUAAGUUAAAGUCACUGAGCAUUGAGGGAAUCGAAAUUGGGAACAUUCACAGAAAAAUGUUUGAACCUCUCAAGAACCUGACUCACAUCUACUUCAAAAAGUUUCAGUAUUGUGGCUAUGCGCCUCACGUCCGCAGCUGCAAGCCCAAUACCGACGGCAUCUCAUCUUUCGAGGACCUUUUGGCCAACAUCGUGCUGCGCGUCUUCGUCUGGGUUGUCUCGGCAACGACAUGCUUCGGCAACAUCUUUGUGAUCUGCAUGCGAUCCUACAUUCGCUCUGAAAACAAGCUCCAUGCCAUGUGCAUCAUCUCUUUAUGCUGUGCAGACGGUCUGAUGGGUGUCUACCUCUUCAUGAUAGGCUUGUAUGACCUAAAGUUUCGGGGCGAGUAUAAUCGUCACGCUCAGGCCUGGAUGGACAGUGUACCCUGUCAGGUGAUUGGAUCUCUAGCCAUGCUCUCAACCGAGGUGUCAGUUCUGCUUCUCACCUACCUGACCCUGGAGAAAUACAUCUGCAUCGUCUACCCGUUCCGGUACCUGACCCCCGGCCGCAGACGCACUGUUACUAUUUUGGUGGUCAUCUGGAUCUUGGGCUUUGUCAUUGCCUUUCUGCCUCUCGUCUGUAAAGGAGUUUUCAGAAACUUCUAUGGAACCAAUGGCGUGUGUUUUCCUUUGCAUUCUGAACAGCCAGAGACUCUCGGAGCACAAAUCUACUCCAUUGUGAUCUUUCUGGGUCUCAAUCUGGUGGCCUUCCUCAUCAUCGUGCUGUCUUAUGGAAGCAUGUUUUACAAUAUCCAGAGAACAGGAACUCAGACGACCAAAUACAGCAACCACAUUAAGAAAGAGCUGACCAUUGCCAAACGCUUCUUCUCCAUUGUCAUCACCGAUUCGCUCUGCUGGAUUCCUAUUUUCAUACUCAAAAUUCUUUCACUGAUGGAAGUCGAAAUCCCUGGAACCAUCAGCUCAUGGGUUGUUAUCUUCAUUCUGCCCAUCAACAGCGCUCUUAACCCCAUCUUGUACACGCUGACCACGCGGCCCUUCAAAGAGACACUGCUGCAGGUGUGGUCCAACUACAGACAGCGAAGACCGCUCCUCAGCAGCCACCCGCCUCAUCUGCCUUCCUUUACGUGGCAGGAAAUGUGGCCUCUGCAAGAAAACAGCCAAACCCUUUGCUCACCGGACUACCUGGCGCAUCCGUCCGAAAUGUCUAACACCACCCAGCUGCUGCCCGUGGAGGGGUCGAACGGGACAUGAGGGGGUCUGAUGGUGUCCUGCCGUCAGCAUCACCUCAUGCCUCACAGCCAUGGACUCUGGAAGGACAUGCAUUUUUUGUGGAUGUCUACAUGCGUGUCUUCACUCAAAACAGGGAUAAUAAUCAUGCACCUCAUAUAACGACUGUUUACCAUCGUGAGUGUGUGUUUGUUUGGGAGGAGAAUUAGGAGAAUGGCACAAAAAAUAAAAAUGAAAACAAAGACACAGAUGUCUGCAAACCCUGCUGAAAAGAUCUGCUGGUUUAUGCUGAUUUUUGCUGGUCAGUGGUUUACCAAAGGAAAGCUUCUGGUUCAGAGGAUUGCCUAAAUAUUACAGUCCUGUCAUCAUUUCAUCCACCAUCACGUCCUUGAGCAGAAUACAAAAAAAUAUUUUAUUUUAAGUACUGUUUUUCUCCAUACAGUGAAUGUCAGUCGGGGCAAAAACAACAUAAUUACUCUGAAUUACAUAACAAAAAUAACAUUUAUUUAGAAUCCAUUUUCGUAUGAUAAACAACUUGUGAUUCUAUCUCUGCAACAACAGCAGCUCAAAAAACUGAGAUCGAAAAAAUUUCACUAUAUAAAAUAUCUUAACAGCUGAUAUGCAUUUUAACUUCGCAUCACUACAAUAUUUAGAAAUAGCUGAUUCCAGGCACGUUGAAGGUUUGAAUUGGUUUGUGGAUGCAAAACAACACAGAGUAUCUGAGAGAAAAAAUGUCUGGCAGAGGGAGAGAAAUAGUUGGAUCAGAUAAAGAGACAAAAGGAUGUAGAGGAGAGGAGUAAGUAUGUAUGCUGGAUUGUGCAUCUUUUAUGUUUGUUUGCUUUUCCCUUACUCAUAUGAAACCUAUGAAAGCUGAUUUCUGCUGUGAAAUUGUGCAGAGAAAUUGUGACUUUUCUAAUAAGUAAUUCUGUUUUUGAUGUUGGCAAGAAAGAACACCUUCAACGCUUUAAAAUGACGAUUUUGAAUCAGGUUUGCAGUGUUUGAUACAGUUAGUAUAUGUAGGAAAAGGUAUUCAGCAUUUUUAAAUGUAGAGUUUGUAUUUAUUUACCAAAAUGUGGUUUGGGGCAAAAAAUGUAUGAUUUGACUAAUUGUGUGAUGUGUUGCUUUAGAGUUAAAUGUAAUAUGCUAGAAAUAUACUAUUGAUACUACAUAAACUUGAAAAAAGCCUUAAAAUCUAAAAGUCAGUUUUUAGAAUUGUUUGCAAACACAUUAUAAAUGUUAAAAAUGCAUUGCUGAAUCGUGUUGCAAAGACUGAACUAUAUAAUAGUCAGUGGUGGAGUUACGAGUUAAUACCGCUAAACAGUUUUUCACCAUCUUCGUGAUCAGGAUUUAUUGGGCGGGUUUAAAUCAGAGCUCGGUGACGCAAUGGAGCCACAGAGCACCGGUGAUUCCGUUACCGUUAGAUACCACAGAUUGCUAUCUAGCUAUGCCUCCUCACGUUACGUGGUUGCUAUAAUUUACAAAACAGCUAAGCGUGAUCUCCUUAUUUAAAUCAAGCUGCUUGAGGAAGACAGUUGAGAGAGACGGCGGCUUUGCCCUUAGUGGGCGUGGUUUCAGCGUUGCACGUGGACACGCCCCCAGUGUUUGAGAGCAGAGAUGACGGCAAAUUUUUUCAACAUUUUUUUUAUACCUCAUUUUACUUCAGGCUUUUUUUAGCAUUCAGAUUUGACUGGGUAGUUAACAACACAUCUUCUGUGGUGUGAAAAACACAUUUAAUAGACCUUAAACUGACUUUAAGCUUCAAGGAUAGAACAUCUGGUUCAUUUGUACAUAAGAGUGACAGAAUCUUUAUUUUAAGAAAACUGGCAUCAGCACACCAGCAUCCUAAAGACAACACGCGGUAGUGCCCAGCAAAGCUGAUCUUUUCAGCAGGGAUAUAACAGGACAAUUCACUUGAUUGUAUUGUAUUGAUAAGCCACUGAUCAGGCUCGAUUAGUUUGUUUAUCAGUUUGAAAUGACAGGCAAAAUUUAGAUAUGGCUGAAUAAUAAAAGUGUUUUACCAUCAGUCUGUGUUACACAUUUGAUUUUUGCCCGUUUGUUGUAUUGAUUGACAUCUUGUCUUUUGUGCUAGUACCGGUGUGCAGCUAUUCAGUGUUUAUGUGUUUCUUGUCCAAAUGGAAAUGUGUGUAGCAUGUUAAUACUUGCUGCUUUUUUUGUAAAAAAUGUACAUAUAUAUUGUAUAAAAUUAUUUUUAUCUAGCCAAACUGGUUCAAGCAUCAUUCAGGGUUUUAACAGAUGGUUUCCAUGAGAAAUAUCAUUCCAUAUAGAGUAAGGUGUAAAGGCAGGAGGUAUAGGCCGUUGUUUUAAUAAGAGAUAUCUGUAAGUCAUUUUAAUUGUCUUUCUAUUUCAAAACCACAGGAGGAGCAAAAUGUCCAUCCAGUGUUGCCUUUUUUAUUAUUAUUCUUGAAUCAUCAGAAGGACUAUGUUUAGCAUUUUUUAUGGAAAUACCCCACUGUACAAAUAGAAAACCGUACAUCAUUUAUUUCAUUUGAAUGUUUUAGUCUGAAACUGUCUGCUUGGUAUCUUCUUUCAGGGAGCAAUAUAUAAAUAUAGUGGGAUGAAUCUCGCACAUGUUAAUGAGCAUGAGCAUAUUGUCUAUAUAUAAUCCUCAAACAAUAAAUAAAAUAAAAUAUAAGUAUUCAUUUUACAUCAAAAAAUGUAAAGGUCCUAAAUAUCUCUAAUCACUCUAAUCUCUAAUCUCUAAGCUCUAAUCACUGUAGUGCAAACAAAUGUCUUUAUGCACUUUAUGAUCAUAAAAUAUGCAACCAGUCUACCAAAUGAUAAGAUACGAUUUUUAUGUUUUUUUUAUGUUUUUUAUGUUUCUCCUCUACUCAUUAAGCUUGCAUUUUUUUUACAGUAAAAAAAAAACAUUUAAUUUGAAUAGAUUUAUAAUGUAAUUUAUUAAUUUGAAUU